CUUGUCGCAAACACCAUCUCUCAUUCAAAAACAAUAGUGAACACCAUUCGACACACUAUCCCAUUAAUCCAUUUCAACCCCUUCUUCAUUGAUAACAUUGAAUUACGAUCGAUAUAAAAUAUCAACAACUCCAACGAUACAAUGGCAGACAAUCCAGAAACUGUCGCAAAUCCCAUUGACAUGGAACCAGCCGUCGCGCAAUCUGAAGAUGCGUCGUCCGCAACAGAGGCAUUCAAUUCCGCCAAAGUGUCAUUAGCAGAUCUUUGCGCCAAGGCAACCGCGCAAUAUGCGCACAAGAACUAUGAGGAAGCAUCGGAUUUGUUCUCCCAAGCUUCGGAGUUGCAGGCUGAGCUAAAUGGCGAGAUGUCCCCCGAGAAUGCUGAGAUCUUGUUUCUUUAUGGCAGAUCAGUUUUCAAAGUCGGUCAGAGCAAGAGUGAUGUUCUAGGUGGUAGAGCGUCGGGAGAGAAGAAGAAGGACAAGAAACCAGCUGCGAAGCCAAAGACUGAGAAACCAAAGGAGGAGGAGAAGACCAAGAGCGAGCUGGUUGCCGAGGAAGGUGUCGCUGUUAUUGCAGACCAAGCAAGUGGCGCAAAGGAUGAAAUUGAGAAGAAGAAACCAUUGUUCCAAUUUACUGGCGAUGAGAACUUUGAGGGUUCUGACGAUGAGGAUGCUGAGGUAUGUACUUGCUCCACUGCUUAUCAUCACAUAUUCUUACCGUUGGCUAGGGCGAUGACGCGGAAGGAGACGAGGAAGAGGAAGAAGAUGAUCUCGCAGCCGCCUUUCAAAUUUUGGAUCUCGCUCGAGUUUUGUUCACCAAGAAAUUAGAGGCACCAGAAGAUGGCGAGGGAAAGGGAAAGGAAGUCGGAGAUUCAUCAAUGACAAAACAUGUCAAGGAGAGACUGGCAGAUACCCACGACCUUUUGGCGGAGAUUUCUCUCGAGAACGAGAGGUGAAUUGGCCAAUUGAUUGGGCUUUGAAUAUCGCUAAUAUCUAUAGAUUCCCUGCUGCAGUUUCUGAUUUCCGAGUUUCGUUAGUAUACAAGAAGGAGUUGUACCCUGAGGAAUCCGAAGUCAUGGCCGAAGGUCACUACAAACUCGCCCUUGCAUUGGAAUUUGCUUCAUCUACAACCGAAAAGCCUGAGGGCGAAGAUGGCAAAUCAACGGAGAACGACACCGAAGUCGAGGAUGGUCAAGCUCUUAGAGAAGAGGCAAUCAAGGAGAUGCAGGCUGCAAUUGACAUCACGAAUGCCAAGUUACAAGCCAAAGAAGUCGAACUUGCCUCUUGCUCAUCCCCUGAUGACAAUGUGAUUACUCGGGCACAAAUUGCCGAUGUUAAGGAAAUGGUCGCUCAAUUGGAGGUCAAAGUAAGCUCUCUCUCUCUCUCUCUCUCUGUACCACAUAAUUUCAAAAGUUAACAUUGUAUUUCAGCUCAGUGAAUUGAAAGCACCAGCCGUAGAUGUCGACGGGAUCAAAGAAACCCUAGGUAUGGGGGGUGGCAACGCAAUGGGUGGAGUCCUUGGUGCAGCUAUAGGAGAAUCUCCCGCCCAAGCAGCCACCAGAAUCGAGGAAGCCAAGAAAACAGCCACAGAUCUGACUGGUCUCGUUCGUCGAAAGAAGGGUGAAAAGACGGCAGAAGCUACACCAGAGCCUGUCGCAACUACAACCAAUGGCACAAAUGGAAAGCGCAAGGCGGAGGAAGAAGUUGAGGAGAGUGAGAAUAAGAAAGCCAAGGUUGAGACUGCAGUUGAGGCUUAA